CCUGCCCAAGUCGCGACUCGCGACUGCCUCGAGCGGUCGAGGCGUCGUCGCGUCGAGCCGCCUGCGGCCUGCCCAGGCCAGCGCGUCCAGCGGUUCUGGCGUUCUGCGACACAGCGAGUCAGCGAGUAGCGACAGUUUCGCGUCCGCGACAGUCCAGCUUCCGGCGUCCGCGCGGCUGUUCCGUGUCCGGCGUCAGGCUUACGCGGGUCGGGUCGGGUUGACCCGAACCCGAAGCGGGUCGGGUUCGGGUCCAGAAAAUCGACCCGUUUGAAAAAACGGGUCGGGUCGACCCGAACCCGAAUAGUACCGGGUCAAU